AUAGUUUCAGAAAACAAAACCUUCAUCUUCUUCGUCUCGAUUUCACGAUUCAGUCUUUUUGUUUUGGGUAAAGGAAAAAAAAAAGAGAAGGAAAAAUGAUGCGAAGUCGGUUGCUAUGGUUCACCUUAGGGUUUUCGGUGACAGCGGCUUCAAUCUCUCAAUUCAUAUAUAGAGACCUUUGGACUGAUCGUUACGCCCUUAAAUCUGAUAUGAAGGAGAAAUUCGAUGCUUUAGAAGCUAGGGUUUCGAAUCUGGAAACCCUCCCUACGGAGAAUCCAAAUCCAGCUCAGGUUGAUGGCUAGAUGUUUAUUUGGGGUUCACAUAACUUUUGUGCUUUGAAUAUAUUUGAAUUUUUUGUUUCCUUUUUAUUAUAUAUUUGAGGUUUUUUGAACUAAGAGUUCAAAACUCUAUCAACAGACCGGAUCACCCGGUUGUUGGCGAAUGUAUUUGAUUUCGAAACAAAAAGGAAAAAAGAUGAUUUAAGUUACUUUUAUUAUGACAUUUUGAAGAAUGUUGUUGUAGAAUGAUCGUUGCCUUUUUGGACUAAUGUGAUGUAGUAUCUCCAAACCAUCAAAAUUUCUUAAUAGCAUACAACUUCCUGUUA